GUGUAACUAACGCGGUUUCCAUGUGCGUCUUUCGCAGAUUGUACUUCUUGGUAGUGUCAGUAGUGCCGCUUAUUUAACUGCGCUAUGUUGCGGCGGCUUGCUCGCGAAAGGCGAGAAUACUUGUACAGGAAGUCAAUCGAGGACAAAAGGAGAACCAUCGAAGAGAAAAAAGAGCGCCUAAAACAAGCGCUAGAAGAGAACCGUCCGAUUCCCUAUGAAUUACGCGAGGAAGCUCUGAACUUGCAGCGUGCCUUAGACUGGGAUGAUCCUGGAGGGGAAGGAGUGGUGAGUCAUGAAGACGACGAGUACCGCUGGGCAGGAGUGCGUGACCCCAAGAUUGUUGUAACAACUUCUCGGGAUCCAAGUUCCAAGCUAAAGCAGUUUGCCAAGGAAAUUCGGCUAAUCUUUCCCAAUGCUCAGAGGAUGAAUCGUGGUGGCUACGAAAUGAAGCAGCUCAUUGAAGCCUGUCGUGCAAACGAGGUCACAGACUUCAUUGUUGUUCACGAGACUAGAGGCAAUCCAGAUGGCCUGGUGGUCUGCCAUCUUCCAUACGGGCCUACUGCCUACUUCACUAUAUUGAACACAGUCAUGAGGCACGACAUUCCCAACAUUGGCACAAUGUCCGAAGCCUACCCCCAUCUGAUCUUCCACAACUUCAAAACCAGGCUUGGAAAGAGGGUGGUCAACAUCCUCAAAUACCUUUUCCCGGUCCCAAAGGAGGACUCUCACCGUGUCGUCACCUUUGCCAACCAGGAUGACUACAUAUCUUUCAGGCAUCACACUUUCAAGAAAGAAGGAAAGGACUACCAGCUUCAGGAAGUGGGACCAAGGUUUGAACUAAAAUUGUAUGAAAUCAAGUUGGGUACCCUUGACGCCGCUGCCGCAUUGGAUGUUGAAUGGAGCUUGCGGCCAUACAUGAACACUGCCAAGAAACGAAGAUUUCUCAGUGAUGAAGAUGCCUUUGACAAAGAGGGCACUUCGAAAUAAAAAUGCUCAACUAAAUCA